GCAACAAAUUUUAACUCUGCACUACCUCGUCGCUUUUCUUUAACAAGUUUAGUGGUGUUUUGCUGCAUCUUUUCGCACAUUCAUUCAAUCUGGAGAAUCGUUUGCCAAUAGUCACGUAUGGACCACAUGCGAAUGCAUAUUUGGGCUAUUUCAUAGCAACACGAAUACAAUUAGAAUAACAUAAAAUGCCCCACCCAAGUAACGAGAGCGCACCGGAAUGCCCACAUAAACACACGUAUACGACGGGCAAUAACAACAACAACUAAAACAAUUACAAAAAUUCAAAAUAAAGCUCAGUCAGAGAUAGCGACGAUGACAACAAUAAUAAUGAACAUUAAAACAGCAACUAGAACCCACCAUUAAAACCAGCAACACGAACAACAGCAACAACAAAUACGACAACGACACCAACGAACCAACACGUAGAUGACAGAAAUCCACGAGAAGCUCACAACUCACAACGACCGCAGCGAUAGAGCAUAAAGCAAAACAACAAAAACAAAAGUGAAAGCCAAACAACAAAAACAAAAGCGAAAGCAAAAAAUCGAAAAAAAAAACAAACAAACGGAAGUGCCUCACAUAGCAGGAGUGGGAAGGAAAAACAGCAAAAUAACCACGCAGCGCAGCGUAAAUGUAAUCCUAGACUCGAUUAUUCGAUGCUAGAAACACUGGUGGCGGCAGCAGGUCUAGUAGUCUGUGGAAAGGGAAUAAGGGGAGCCAUAGAUAACAGCACAAGCAGUUGAGUGCAAGCUGCGGUGGGGGUGCGGAGCUACAGUGAAAGGAGUGACAGACAGAAGUAAGGAAAGCGGCAGGCAGGCAAUAGUAGGAUGAGUAGGCAAAACUGAGUGACGGGCAUUCUUGUAGAAAUCCAGCAGCAAAAACCAGCCAAGUAAACAAAUUAAAGUGCUGUCUAAAAGCAGAGAGCGAAAGCGAAUGAGAAUGGCGAUAAAAAUUUAACAAUACCGAAAUACAACAAAAAAGGAGAUUACAGAAAUCAAAGCCAACGGGCUCAAAGCAAAGAUACAAUGAUAAUUUACUUAAAUUAACCCAAUCCAUCCAUUAAAAGGUAUUAGAGGAACGAAAACGGACGCAAAAAAAAAACACAAAAACAAAAACGAGCAUGCAAACAGAAUGCCAGAAGUGAGAGACAAGCGAACGAGGCACAGAGUGUAAAAGUACGGUGAAAAAGAUGUCAAAGUAAAGCGAUAAGCAGACACGGAAUCUGGAUCUAUAGAUACGCUGCGCAUAGUAGUGAAGUGCUUGAAAGCAAGAAUACGAGCAACAGCAGCAACAAAAACAAUAUCAGUAUUAGCUGAUGAACAAAAUAAUUCUACGAAAAAGUGGACGUAGCACGGACGUAAAACAAGCGGUAAAGCUUAACGGCGUCAAAGCAGAAGCAGAGUGCCGUUAACGGUUCUGAGAGAAGGUGGCGCAGAGAGGCAAGGUUGUAGAGAAGGUUCCAUAGACAGGCAAAGCUUGAAAGCGGAAGCUGAUGCUGACGCUGAUUGACAGCGCACAACCAGCGGAAGCAGUCAUAUGAUCCGCAAAAUGAAGGGAUUAAGUUUUAGUCAAAAAGCAAACAAGCGACGAAAAAACGUUCAAACCAACGACCAAACACCAAGCGGCAACACAGCAUUGCAAACACGCGCAGCGUGCACCAACAACAACAAAAAGGUGAAGAAGCUGAAAAUAUGCAAAACGACAACAAUAACACAAGCUCAUAACGGUAACGCCGCACAGCUGACAACACCAUUAAUAUGUCGGAACAAUAACAAGAAAAACAGCUGCAACAGCGUAGGUAGCCAGCGCCGCUACUGCAGCAACAGCAGCAAUUCAACACCACCACCGCCCACCUUCAACCAGCACCACAACCACCAACACCAGCAUUGCCUCGCCCCGGGCCAGCUGACGUACAAAAUGCCAUUGCCACUGCUGUCAAUAUGUAAAGCAACAACAACAACAACUACAACGGCUUUAGAUGUGUCCGCGGACGAGCAGCUGGAAAGUGUUCAAAAUCGUUGCUUUGCCCAUUACGAAGAGCAACAACGUCAGCGAAAAACAACAACAACAACAUGCGCACCCACCAAACUCACCCAAAACCAUCGCCAACACCAACAACCAGCAACCACUCGCACAUUGUCUUGUUUCAGCAAAUCUUUGGCAACUUUGUCAUUGCGCUCACUGUUGUCUCGCCAUCAUCAGCUCUUCCAUUUGCAGCAACACCUCCGACAGCUGCACCUCCACCUCCACUUUGGCAUUGCCGUCAUUGUGCUGGCCUCCAUUUUAAUGUAUUCAUGCCCAUGCGCGUCGGCCUUGCGUCUCACAAAUGGCGGCAACACUAAAACUUUAUCCGCUAAUAAGGAGCAAUUAAAUAUUGGCCUAAUUGCACCGCACACAAAUUUUGGCAAACGUGAAUAUUUACGCGCCAUUAACACCGCCGUACAGGGUCUGGCGAAGACACGCGGUGCCAAGCUGACGUUCCUGAAAGACUAUUCAUUUGAACCGCGUAAUAUACAUUUUGAUAUGAUGUCGCUGACGCCGAGUCCGACAGCCAUUUUGAGUACACUCUGUAAAGAGUUCUUACAAGCGAAUGUCUCUGCCAUACUAUAUAUGAUGAAUAAUGAACAAUUCGGCCAUAGCACUGCCUCCGCUCAAUAUUUUCUACAAUUGGCCGGCUAUCUUGGCAUACCGGUAAUCUCAUGGAAUGCCGACAACUCGGGUCUGGAGAGACGCGCCUCUCAAUCGACACUUCAACUUCAGUUAGCUCCAAGUAUAGAACAUCAAAGUGCUGCUAUGUUGAGCAUUCUAGAGCGUUACAAAUGGCAUCAAUUUUCGGUUGUCACCUCUCAGAUAGCCGGACACGAUGAUUUUGUACAGGCUGUAAGGGAGCGUGUCGCCGAAAUGCAAGACCAUUUCAAAUUCACGAUACUCAAUUCGAUUGUGGUAACGCGCACCAGCGACUUGAUGGAAUUAGUGAAUAGCGAGGCUAGAGUGAUGCUCCUCUAUGCCACACAAAGCGAAGCGGUUACUAUUCUUAGAGCUGCUGAAGAAAUGAAGUUAACUGGCGAAAAUUAUGUGUGGGUCGUCAGUCAAUCGGUUAUCGAGAAGAAGGAUGCACAAACACAAUUUCCCAUUGGCAUGUUGGGCGUACACUUCGACACAAGUAGUGCGGCGCUGAUGAAUGAAAUAUCGAAUGCGAUUAAAAUUUAUGCGUUCGGCGUUGAAACAUACCUCACAGAUCCGGCAAAUCGGGGGCGACGUCUCACAACACAAUCACUUUCGUGUGAGGAUGAGGGACGUGGACGUUGGGAUAACGGUGAAAUCUUCUUCCGUUAUUUGCGCAACGUAUCCAUAGAGGGUGAUCUGAAUAAACCCAACAUAGAAUUCACUGCCGAUGGCGAUCUCAAAUCUGCUGAAUUGAAAAUCAUGAAUUUACGUCCUGGAGCAAACAAUAAGAAUCUCGUUUGGGAAGAGAUUGGCGUGUGGAAGUCAUGGGAGACGCAAAAGCUUGAUAUACGUGACAUUGCCUGGCCGGGUAACUCGCAUGCUCCACCACAGGGUGUACCCGAAAAAUUCCAUUUAAAGAUAACAUUCCUCGAAGAGGCACCCUAUAUCAAUCUCUCGCCCGCCGACCCAAUCAGUGGCAAAUGUCUAAUGGAUCGCGGCGUCCUUUGUCGGGUCGCGGCCGAUCACGAGAUGGCCGCUGACAUCGAUGUCGGGCAAGCGCAUCGCAAUGAAUCGUUCUAUCAGUGUUGUAGUGGCUUUUGCAUCGAUCUACUGGAAAAAUUUGCCGACGAAUUGGGUUUCACAUACGAAUUGGUGCGGGUCGAAGAUGGUAAAUGGGGUACACUUGAGAAUGGUAAAUGGAAUGGGCUGAUUGCGGAUUUGGUAAAUCGUAAAACCGACAUGGUAUUGACAUCGCUGAUGAUCAAUACCGAACGCGAAGCUGUGGUGGACUUCAGUGAGCCAUUCAUGGAAACUGGUAUUGCGAUAGUAGUGGCUAAGCGUACGGGUAUUAUAUCACCAACAGCUUUUCUAGAACCAUUCGAUACCGCCUCUUGGAUGUUGGUCGGUAUUGUGGCGAUACAUGCUGCCACAUUUAUGAUAUUCCUUUUCGAAUGGCUUUCGCCAAGCGGUUACAAUAUGAAACUUUAUCUACAAAAUGCUAGUGUAACGCCGUACCGUUUCUCGCUUUGCCGCACCUAUUGGCUUGUGUGGGCGGUACUCUUUCAGGCUGCUGUACAUGUGGACUCACCGCGCGGUUUCACCUCACGAUUCAUGACGAACGUGUGGGCUCUAUUCGCUGUGGUCUUCUUGGCCAUCUACACUGCUAACUUGGCUGCCUUCAUGAUAACGCGAGAGGAAUUUCAUGAAUUCAGCGGUCUGAACGACAGCCGUUUGGUACAUCCCUACUCGCACAAACCCUCAUUUAAGUUCGGUACAAUACCUUACAGUCACACCGACUCGACUAUACACCAAUAUUUUAAGGAAAUGCAUCACUACAUGAGACAAUACAACAAAACUAGCGUCGCUGAAGGCGUAGCCGCCGUACUCAAUGGCAAUCUCGACUCAUUCAUCUACGAUGGCACUGUGCUCGAUUAUUUGGUGGCACAAGAUGAGGACUGCCGCUUAAUGACCGUCGGCAGCUGGUAUGCCAUGACAGGUUAUGGUCUCGCAUUUAGUCGCAAUUCAAAAUACGUCCAAAUGUUCAACAAACGUCUAUUAGAAUUUCGCGCCAAUGGCGAUCUGGAGCGUCUACGUCGUUACUGGAUGACGGGCACAUGUCGUCCCGGCAAACAGGAGCAUAAAUCCUCCGAUCCACUUGCGCUAGAACAGUUCUUAUCCGCUUUCCUACUACUUAUGGCUGGUAUUCUCUUUGCCGCAUUACUACUUCUGCUCGAACACAUCUAUUUCAAGUAUGUGCGAAAACGUUUAGCCAAAAAAGAUGGCUGUCAUUGUUGUGCGCUGUUGUCACUGUCAAUGGGCAAAGCUUUGACAUUUCGCGGUGCAGUUUUUGAGGCAACGGAAAUACUGAAAAAACAUCGCUGCAAUGAUCCCAUUUGUGAUACACAUCUGUGGAAAGUAAAGCAUGAAUUGGAUAUGUCACGUUUACGUGUACGACAAUUGGAGAAAGCGUUGGAUCAGCAUGGCAUUAAGCCGCCGCAAUUGAGAUUGACGUCAUCGACGGAUAUGUUGAAUCAUCAUCAUCUGAAAGAACGGCCACCGUUGUUGGGCAAUUUGAGUUUAGCUGCGAGCGCACAAGAUUUAUACAGGUGGUCUUACAAAACGGAAAUUGCGGAAAUGGAGACGGUGCUGUAAGAGACCACACACCGCAACAAAUACCACCGCACGCCACCACAUGCCAACAACAUCAACACCACCAAUAUACAUACAUACAUGUAGGAACUGGGCGACCGCCACCACCACACAAGACGCGCUGUCUGAAGAUGAGCCACCACUAACUAAUGCUUCAAAGCAAAUGAGUGAUGCUGCCUGUCUGCCUUGCUGGCUUCUAACCAAUAACUCGACGGCAUGCGGAAGCAAUAGAUUUCAGUAGGAAAUGAGCACAAAUGCUAAUAACGGUAUGAUAUUUGAAUCCCAUGUAAAAAGUGUUUAGGAAAUAUCAGGUGGCAAGGAGCAAAGCGCAACGAACGGAAGGCAGCGGGCAGCGCAGCUGUCGAUGAAGCGAAAUCUUGCUCGUUUUGCAAGGAUCCACAGCAAUAAGUUAACAAUGCCAGCAACAGUUGUAAAGAGUAAUACAUGCACACACAAAUAUACAUGCAUCUAUUUGUGUGUAUAUGCGGGCAAAGCUUGGAAUUUGAAUAAUGAUUGAGCUGAAAAAAACAAACAAAAAUAAAUAAAUAUGAACCAACAACAGCAGCAACGCAUCAAAAAUAAACAUUGUAUGUAGUAUUUAUAUAUAUAUAUGUAUAUGUAUGAGUGUGAAUAAUAUUAAGAGCCAAAGGAGAAAUUCAAAUUCAAACACGAACUUAAUGAUUACAAGUAAUAAUUAUCAAUAAUUAAUAAUAAUAACGAAUAAUACUAACAAGAUGACAUGCUAAACACAGUUAUAAAUCAAAAUAGUUUUAUUGAACAUAAAAAACUCUAAAAAAAUAAUGCAAACGAACAAUAAAAGCGAGCGAGAUUUAUUGCGAAAGGCAACAAAAACAUUGAAAUGCGCAAAGCAAAGCUUUAAGGGGUUCUAACCACUUGUAAGUACGAAAAAGUUAGUUUUUUGUGAUUUUUUUUUUUGAAGAAAUUACUUAAUGAAAUAAAUUUAAACAAUUUCUUGUACUUUAAUAAUCGGUGAUUCAUUUUUAAAAAAAUGGAGUAACUUGCUUCCUGGCGGUGAGGAAAAAUUUUCGGCUUAAAACUAACUCAAAUUCAAAAUCAAAAAAAUAUUUUUAAUAUUGCUGAAUUGCAAGUAUUAAUCGAAGGACUUGUCCAUAUUUUGAUUUUUUUUUUGUCAAAAUGACGGCUUCACAAAAGUAAAAGGUGCUUUUAUACCCUGAACAGGGAUCUUAAGUUUACAAAAAAGUUUGUAACAAAUAGCUGGAAACGUUUGAGACCACAUAAAGUAUAUAUGUAUAUAUAUUAGAAAUGAUCCGUUUUACGAGCUAAGUCGGUUAAGCCAUGUCCGUCUGUGUGUCUGUCUGUAUAUGAACUAGUCACUCAGUUUUUUAAAUCUGAAA